AUGUCUACGUUCAGACGCUUCUUCUGGCUGGGAGCAUUGCUCUCGGCUGGCCUUCAGGUUUGCGCGCUACCAACGGCCCAGGACCAGGCAUGCAAUGGCCACCCCGAGUACUGUGAUCGUCGAUACUCUGAAUUGUCAUUCGUGGGCGCCCACAACUCUCCGUUCGUUGGUCCGCUGCUUCAACACAACCAAGACGUCUCAGUGACCCAGCAACUAGAUCUUGGUAUCCGAUAUCUUCAGGGCCAGACACACAAGAACGACGAUGGAGUGUUUAGCAUGUGCCAUACUUCGUGUCUCCUAGAGGAUGCUGGAAGCGUGAGCUCGUUUCUGCAAACGGUCAAGUCAUGGCUAGACGGCCACCCUGAUGAAGUCGUCACACUCCUGAUCACGAACGGGGACGGGCUGGACAUCAAGGAGUUCGACGAUGCAUUCAAUGCCGUCGGCGGGAUCAAGGACUAUACAUUUGCGCCCCAGACCAAACUUGGCCUCGGCGAUUGGCCAACGUUACGCGAAUUGAUCAAGUCUGGCAAGCGUUUGAUAGUUUUCGUGGACUCCAAGGCCGACACGAAUAGAUUUCCAUAUCUCCUUGAUGAAUUCUCAUAUUACUUCGAGACACCAUUCAGCACCACAGACGAGAACUUCCCUCAAUGCAAGAUUGACCGUCCGGCGGGUGCCAGCGCCGAUGGACGCAUGUAUCUAGUCAACCAUACUCUCAACGUCAAUAUCCUGGGCAUAUUUCUUCCGGAUAGAUUCAAGGCCGAUAGGACCAACGCUGCCGUCGGCCAAGGCAGCAUCGGCGCCCAGGUUGACCUAUGCAACUCGAUUUACCACCGCAAGCCCAACGUGGUGCUUCUCGAUUUCAUCACGGAAGGAGACCCCCUGAAGGCUGAGAGAACGAUGAACGGGCUUUGA